AUGGUAUGUUCACGUUUCACAUGUGUUUACCUAGUAGGAACAAAUCACCUCACAAGUUCUAAAAUCAUUUUUUGUGGAUUCAAAAACAAAAAUGAAGCAACGUCUCUGUGUGAUCACUUAGUGGAACUUUAUUUAUCAGCCCUUACUCGAUCUAUUGCUAUCGCGAAACAGAAUAAAAGAACGUCAGUCACCCCAGAAGAUUUUGAAAACAUCCUUGUCCAAAUGUUUUUAGAUUUCUCUGCUUGA